AUGGAAUCUGAGAUCCCUCCUCAUCCUUUAGCAACCAAAGUCAUUGAUUUUUCUGAUUGGGCUUGCAAUACAACAGAAUGUACUGAAAUUAUUAUUGAAACAAGCUUUCAGCCAGAAUUUACUUAUCCUAUUUUUGGAGAUCAUGAAACUGCUUUUGGAUAUAAAAAUCUGUUAUUGAAGAUUAAAUAUACAUCUGGAUCAUUACGUCCUUUUGUUGAAAUUACAUACUCUUCGCAAUAUUCAUCACCUUCAUCAUCAUCAUCUAUCAAUGAACCUGUAGCAGCUGACGAUUUAUUAAAAACAUUAGAUCCUUAUUUACCUCAACAUUAUUUAACAAAUUACAAUAAUUUUAUUGAUGCUGUCAUUGAUGAUUACACAGCUUUUAAACCCUUAGGUGAAAAAAUACAAGAGUACAGUCAAGAAAAUAAUGAUGGAUCUGUGGAAUACUUUGAAAUUUACAAAAGCAACUUUUCAAAUGAAAAGUUUAGAGAAUAUCAUUCCCGUAUGCAGCUAUUUGUUUUAUUAUUUAUUGAAGGAUCAAGUUAUAUUGAAGAUGAUGAUGACAAAUGGGAAAUCUACACAACAUUUAAACGUGAAAAAAUAAAUGAUUCGUAUGCGUACCAUUUUGUUGGAUAUUUCCUUCCACCUUAUAAAAAGAAGGGACAUGGCAGUAAACUUUAUCAAACAAUUUAUCAAUUAUUUAGAUCAAGAAAAGAGAUUUGUGAAAUAACAGUGGAAGAUCCCAAUGAGGAGUUCUCAGAUAUGAGAGAUAAAAAUGAUAUACGUUAUUUGGCAGAACAUAACGCAUUUAAAGAUAUACAAAAGGCACCUAUUGCUGAUGAAAAACUGAAUGAGCUUUGCGAACAAUUUAAGCUAACAAAGCGACAGACACAGAGAUGUUUAGAAAUGUAUCUUUUGUCCAAAUUAGACAAGUUAAAUAAGGAAGAAUACAAGGCAUAUCGAUUACAGGUUAAAAAACGACUUUUUGCUUUUAACUAUGAUAUACUUCGUGAUGUGGAAGACGAGGAAAGGAAGUUAAAACUUCAUGAAACAUAUUUGGGAGUAGAAGAAGACUAUUACAGGCUUUUAGAACUUAUUUAA